AUGCUUCAAUCCCAGUUUCACGGUAUUGCACUUGCCGCCCUUGCACUUUCUCAGACAGUCUUUUCUACUUCGAGUUGCGACUGUUGGAUGACUAAGGAUGAUGGUCUACUAUUCACCAAUUACAAGGGAAUUAACUUCCGCUCCCUGGCCAAGUAUGCCGGCCCGGUGCCUGCCCUCAUCACUGGCUAUAAUGCCAAUGCUCGGGCUGGGGCUACCAGCGCAUACUUCAAGUCGUCGGCCUGGGCCAACUUUUUCUCCCUGCAGACUUGGGGGAUAACAGACACACCCGUGAAGAUGGUCAAUUCUCCGAAUAACGCCUUCAUCCAGAACAACACUGAUGGCAGUACCUAUCUCACCCUCAGAACUUACCGUACCAAGAAUUUCCAGUCUGCCGUCGAAGCUGAUUCUGUGACGGAUGACUAUACAGCUGUAUCACUGCGCUACAGAUCCCGCGUCCAUGGCAACGUGGGCGCCUGUGCCGGGGCUUUCACCUAUAAGGCCAAUAACGACACGGGUGUCCUAGUCGAGCACGAGUCGGACCUCGAGAUCCUCACUAGUGGCCCCACCAACAUCCUCCACUACACCACUCACCCAGAGGAAGAGGAUCACGACAAUGACGGCAGCUUCUCGAUCGAGGCCACAGACCGUGGCAAAUGGACCAACUGGCAGGACCACAGGCUGGACUGGACGCAGCCCAAGACGACCUGGUACCUCAAUGGGAAGAUGAACGGCGAGCUUGCGCACGAGGACGCACAGUUCCCGAGUUCUCUCAUCUUCAAUAUGUGGUCAACGGGCAGUUCGGGCUGGGAGGGGACCAUGCCUGUCGGCGGGUCGGCCUACUUUGAUUUGCAAUACCUCUUGUACGCCAACGAGUUCAACACUCGCGGCACCAUUGCUACGACGUCUAUUUGGCUACAGAGCCAGACAUACUCAGAAGCCAUAUUGUCCAUCCUGGAUACCUAUGGCCAUGUUUUUGACAAUCUGAACAAGUACUCAGCUGUGUACUGCCGGUACGGAAAGCCAAAACAAUUCAAGCUUCGUGUAGCUUCCGGAUCCAAGGUAUACGGUAAAGUAGCAUUGGGGGAAGCUUUGAGUGAUGGGACUGCUCUCUUGAUCGCCUCUUUGAAAGAAUCCACCAGACCGCUGUUUGUAAGUGUAUGGGGCGGGACCAAUACACUUGCCCAAGCGCUCGACUAUCUCACCAAGACUCGUUCCGUUGACGAGUUCAGCGCAUUGCGCCGUAGACUGCGGGUGCAUGCCAUCUUGGACCAGGAUGACACGGGCGAAUGGAUCCGUCAAACGUUUCCAGAUAUAUAUUACAUUUUUUCUAAUCAUGCCUGGGCCAUAUACCCCAAUGCGGCCUGGCAAGGCAUGGGUUGUAGUGGUAUCGUCGGAGCCAACAAUUCCAUCGUUGGCGCAGAUUGGCUCGCUGCAAACAUUCAGUCCUUUGGACAUUAG